UUUAUGUAAUCAAAUUACGGGGUCAGCUUGAGCAACCAUAUGCUUGAAAGUCGAAAAAAUUGUUGAGACGUACUUUCACUCCACGACCACAGAAGGCGAACCAUCUACUUUUGUGCAGUAAACAGCUUGUGUUGAAAAGACCAAAAUGGCUCAGCAACCGCUUCUGUCGCUGCCCGAGUUUCAGAGUGUUUCCACGGGUACUUUGGUUGUGAAGGAGCCGCUGAAUUUCUGGGGAGGAGCGAGAGUGAAGCCGAAGGACACAAAGAACUCUGAACCAGUAUACGAACCUGCAACUGGUCGUGUGCUGUGUGAUAUGAUUCCCUGCCUUAUAGUUAUGGAAAUGGCAGCCAAAGGUGUGAAGCAGGUGACUUUGGAGCUUGGAGGAAAGUCACCACUGAUCAUCUUUAAGGACUGUGAACUGGAGAAUGCGAUAAAAGGGGCCCUCAUGGCCAACUUCCUCACCCAGGGAGAGGUCUGCUGCAAUGGAACACGGGUGUUUGUGCAAAGGGAGAUCAUGCCACAGUUCUUGGAGGAAGUUGUGAAGAGGACCAAGGCCAUCCCUGUUGGGGAUCCCAUGUGUGAAGAAACACGCAUGGGUGCCCUCAUCAGUAAACCUCACAUGGAAAAAGUGCUGGGCUUCAUCAAGCAAGCAAGAGAACAGGGUGCAAAGGUUUUAUGUGGAGGAGAACAAUUUCUUCCCAAUGAUCCCAAACUGAAAGAUGGGUACUUUGUGUCCCCAUGUGUGCUGGAUAAUUGCAGGGAUGAUAUGACCUGUGUGAAGGAGGAGAUCUUUGGCCCUGUGAUGUCUGUUCUGCCUUUUGACACAGAGGAGGAAGUUCUUCAAAGAGCCAACAACACAACAUUUGGCUUGGCAUCUGGAGUCUUCACCAGGGAUAUAGCUCGUGCCCACAGAGUUGCUGCAAACCUUCAAGCAGGAACAUGCUACAUCAACAACUACAAUGUUGGCCCUGUGGAAGUUCCUUUUGGAGGCUACAAGAUGUCAGGGUUUGGAAGGGAGAAUGGACAAGUGACCAUCGAGUACUACUCUCAGCUCAAGACUGUUGUGGUGGAAAUGGGAGAUGUGGAAAGCAUCUUUUAGGCUUUUGUGGCAUUAACCACCAGCAUUCCUGAUAGCAAUGUGAUUUCCAAAGUUCUAAGAUCUAUAGCUCUAUCUAUGAAGUUUGCAGUGUAACAUAUUAAAAUACAUUUUAUAACUAACCUUUACUUAAAAUAGCCAAAAGCUACACAGUUGUUGCUUUGACAGUCUAUAUGUCUGUCUCAGACUUCCAGAUGAUCCAGAUUGGUAUGAUAUUACCAAAAUGUAAGAACACUAGAAAAGGCUUUACUGUUUCAGUUCUGUGAAACAGAAUUUUCUAAAUGCUCAUUAAAAACAGUGCCUUCUAAUGUUUCUACUACAGUUUUAUUUCACAAAUUUAUUAUACUCGCUUGGUGUUAAGACUUGUUUGUUUUUCGUCACUUUGUCCCUACCUCUCGACGCCAUGAAGAAUUGGUAUUAGACUGGUGGUUGACAAGUUUGUAAUAUUUAAAAUAAAAUUACAUUGGAUAUCAAGAGCA